AUGGAGGGGGCUGCAGCCGUCGUCGGGAUCAUCACAGCCGCUGGUCAAUCGUUUAGCGCCUGUGUUCAAGCGUUUGAAUUUUUCAACACUGCACAGCACAUCGGGCCUGAUGGAGAUUUAUUCCGAACGGGCUUGGAGUUUGAGAAGUACCGCCUGAUUUCAUGGGCAUGCCGAGUUGGCAUCGACCGUGACAGCAGAAGGUCUGCUCUCAAUUGGGAGGUUGCGAAACUCCUGCUGAAUCAGCUGGAAUUAUUUCUUACCUCCGCUGACCGUCUCAAGACGCGAUACGCCCUAGAGGUGUCGGAAGAGCAGGUGCAAGAAAUCGAAAAGCUUCGAGCUUUGGAGCCCCCGAAGCAAGGCAUUGGGAAACUCAUCGCACGUCUCAAACCAAACAUUUACAACACUUCAGCCCAAAUAAUCCAGGCAAAUAAUUCGCCCAUCAAACGACUCCUAUGGGCUACAAGAGACAAAGAAAAGCUAAAAAGAAUUAUAAAUGAGAUAGCAGGUCUCAUCGACAAGCUUGAACACCUUCUUGACGACGCGGAACGACUUUCAGAACGGGCGGAGUACACAAAAUUGCUUCGCGAAGUUAUAUCUCUCACUUCAACCACCUCGGAAGCUCGUCAGAUUGAAGAGCUGGUCCGCAAUGUUCAUCAGGAGAACACUGAUGACAUGGCCAUCGAAGCCGCAGCAUACGUGAAACAGAUCCGACUUGUUGUGGGCAUGGACAAGCGGGAAGAUGAAGUCAAGCCGACAACUCCCCAGGAGACACUUGGACUAAGCAUCAAGCCCUUGAAUGUUCUCAAACGCUCUCUUACGUCAUGGAAGGGAGAGAGCGAGUCUUUGAGAUAUUUGGGUCUCGAGUUUGCUUCCUACAACCAAAGACAAGUUCUCAUUCAAUGGAAGACGGUCGACAGUCUGCACUGGGACAUCUACAAAGGACAGAUGAAAAGCCUCGCCUUGUUGCUUGCGUCCUUCCGCGACGACUCAUUUCACUCGCUUCCAUGCAAGGGGUACUACCCCAUGAGGAGUCGAGCAAUACAUGGAAUCGUCUACGAAAUGCCCGACAACGAUACAGACUGGACGUUCAAAACUCUGAAGGACCUCAUAUCAGAACAGCCGCAUGUUUCGCUUGGGCGACGAACAGAAAUUGCGAGGAUGAUAGCCCAGACGGUGCUGCAGCUCCACACAGCUGGUUGGAUGCACAAAAGUUUACGGCCCGAGAAUAUCAUCUUCUUGGCUCCACGGGGGUCAAGUAAUAUCUUGUUCCUCAAGUCUGAGCCUAUCAUAGUUGGCUACGACUACGCUCGAGCUGACAACGAACAUUCAGCAGCGGCAUAUACUCAACGCCCCGACACCGAUGUCGACGCAGACUUAUAUCGCCAUUUGAAGACCCGUGGAGAUAAUAGGGAGACGUACCAAAAGCGAUUUGACCUCUACUCUCUGGGGUGCUUGAUCCUAGAGCUGGCCUGUUGGCGGAUCCUUCAGUCCAUCUUUUCGACAUUUGUCACAGAGGGUCUCGCAGACACGAUCGAGGAUGCGAGAAAGCACAAUAGUGUUCUGGAUCUUCCCACGAUGGAUGAUAUUUUGAAGAACGAAGAGGCCGUGGCUUACAUUGAGCAUAACGGCGGAACGAAGAUCAGAGAAAUCAUUAGUUUGUGCUGCUCCAUUCCCAAGGCAGGCGAGGAUGAGGAGGGUCUGCUGAAAGAGCAAGUGGCUGUUGUUCGGGAAUUGGAAUGGUGUAGAAUGUAG